UCACCAUCGUCAACUUCCACCGGACAGGAUUAAUUCGUGCACGCUGGCAGAGCAGACCUGUAUCCGGGGAGCUGUUGCUGGAUGAAGCCGUCGCCAUAUGGCAGCAGACGACAGCAGGCUUGAUGAUCUGCAGUCAGCUGUCCUGCAAAGGACCCUUGCCCAAGUCGAUUCGCUCCAGGCUGCGACAAACGACGACACAGACCAGCCUGCCGACUGUUGCUGCGUCAUUUGUCUCGACAGCAUCAGCGAAGGGUGUGAAGCCCGGCCAUGCGGCCACCACAACUUUGACUACCUUUGCCUUCUGAGCUGGUUGGAGCAACAGCCUAGGUGCCCACUAUGCAAAACCACUGUCAAGGAGGUAGCUCACGGCCACCAAAGAGCGGACGGCGAUACCAAAAAGGCGAACAUAUACGUGGUGCCGCCACCAAAAGAAGCCGCGACCGCCCAGUCUCAGUCCUCAACAUCUACAGCAGCUCGCAUCAACCGACGGCGUCGCCGCUGGGCCCCUCAACCUCGGCCGACCCAAAACGAUGCGAUAGCCCGCCGCCAAGACGUGUACAGGCAUCAGCUGUAUUCUCUCCACCUGGGAUCAAACCGGCGAACAGCUCGUUACCGCACAUAUCGCGACCUUACGCCGCAGCUAUUCGAAUCCGACGCGGAACUCGUUUCGCGCGCCCGUGCUUGGUUGAGAAGAGAGCUGCAGGUUUUCGAGUUCUUGCGGACGCCGGCGGCUAGCGCUGCGCAAUCGAGCACCGACGGUAUGACGAGACGUCGUGCUAACAAUGCCGAAUUCCUCCUCGAAUAUAUCAUCGCCAUCCUCAAGACUGUUGAUAUGCAAGGAAGCCAGGGACAGGCGGAGGAGAUGCUGAGAGAUUUCCUUGGGCGGGACAAUGCGAGACUGCUCCUGCACGAGCUGCGAAAUUUCUUGAGAACAUCGUCCUCGAUCGAAGCCUGGGAUCGGGAGGUGCAAUAUCCCCGGCCUCGAAAACGCCCGAAUAGCGCAAGCGAUGCAGGCAGCCAUCCCUCGAGAAGUGUUGCAGACACAUAUCGACCCAACUAUGGUCCGCGGCAGUCCCGCACACGCAUCACGGAAGCGGUCCAAAGAUAUCGUCCUGAUUGAAAGAAAUUCUCAAUUCUGGAUAGCAGUCAUCACUUCAGCGCACCUCCGAGGAGCCUACAGCUUCGCCUCCGCGAGCAGCAACACAUGUAGAUGCAAAGGUUUGGAAUUGUUCAUAGACUCGCCUGCUCACCAAAGACGUGUAACGAAACCGAUCAUCGCAAGCCAUCCAAGCUUCUUGAGCUCGUUGUGACACAUCAACUCUUGACCUGACAGAGCGGGUCGAUCUGCCUGACGUAUAACAUGGUACAAAAUGUGGACUCAUGAGCAAUAAGUGCAGGAAACCAGGUGUCGCCUGACUGUCCCGCAAAUCGUGC